AUGUCAAAGGCACGCGGCUCUGGUGCCGUCGACCAGAUUGUCAAGCUCAUCGUGGGAGCCGGCCAGGCCAGUCCCAGCCCUCCAGUUGGCCCUGCGUUGGGGAGUAAAGGAGUUAAGUCCAUGGACUUCUGCAAGGAGUUCAAUGCACGCACAGCACACAUUAACCCGGGCAUACCGAUGCCGACGCGAGUUACCGUACGCGCAGACCGAUCGUUCCACUUCGACAUCCGAACACCGCAGACCUCCUGGCUUUUGAGGAACGCGGCGGAGAUACCUGUUGGCAAGAAAGGAAAACGGAAAGGAGCGAGCAAACCUGGGCACGAAAUAGUGGGCACCGUCACCUUGAAGCACGUCUACGAAAUCGCAAAGAUCAAGCAGUCGGAGCUCCGCUUGUCAGGGCUGUCUUUGGAAGGGCUUUGCAGGUCUAUCAUCUACCAAGCGAAGUCGAUAGGGAUCGCGGUAGUCGCCUGA